AUGGCGAAACUGCUCCUGGUUGAAGUGGGAGACCCAAACUCCCUACACGAGGCCCAGAAGGCAGUGGGAGCGGAGCCAACCACCAGCACCACGUGCAGCCCCAGCACCAGCAGACAGGCAGCAUCGGGGCAGACGCUGGGGCCUCCAGCAGAGGAAUUCAACAGCCCCAGAACCUCCAGCCCAGCAGCAUCGGGGCCAAGUCUGGGGCCUCCAGGAGAGGAGUUCAACAGCCCCAGCACCAGCAGCCAGGCAACAUCGGGGCAAACUCUGGGGCCUCUAGCAGAGGAAUUCAACAGCCCUAGAACUGCCAGCCCAGCAGCAUCAGGGCAGAGUGCUGGGCCUUCAGCAGAGGAGACCAGCAGCCCCAGCAAUAGUGGACAGAUGUUAUCAGGGCCAUGCCAGAGCUCCCCCGUGCACGAGGGCAGCAGCCACUCCAGCUGCCCUGGGCCCGAUCGACGGCGAAACGCAACCCGGAUCAGCCGUCAGACACAGACUCCGUACACACGGCCCAGAAGACAGAGGGAGAGAAGCCGACCACCAGCACCAUGUGCUGAGAGCAGCACCCGCAGCCAGGCAGUGCCGGGGCUUUCCCGAUGCUCCCCCGCACGGGAGAUCCGCACCCGCUGCACCAGCAGGCAGCAGCCAUCAACGUCAUCCCGUGGCUCCAGAGCACUAGAAAGAAGCAGGAGCUCCAGGUCCACUGUGCCCGUGCGGGUGCGAGACCGCUCCCGCUUGCAACGACGGGACCAAACUCCCUACAUACGGCCCAGAAGACUCUGCGAGAGCAGCCGCGUGCCAGCAGCACAAGCUGAGAGGAGCCCCCGCAGCCAGGCCGUGCCCAGACUGUCCCAGCGUCCACCAGGACGUGAGAGCCGCAGGCGCAGCACCAGCAGACAGCGGCCAUCAACAUCAUCCUUUGGCUCCGCAGCUCUGGAAGGAAGCAGCAACUCCAGAUCCACCGGGCCUGCGCAAGUGCGAGACCGCUCCCCCUUGCAACGUCGGGACCAAACCCCCAGCACACGGCGCAAAAGACGCCGUGAGAGAAGCCGCACACCAGGACCACGUGCGAAGAGGUGCACGAGCAGACAGGCCAUGUUGGGGCGAUCCCAGCGCUCCCCAGCACGUGCUACCAGCAGCUCUAGCCGUGAGAGUCAAGAGUCAUCGGACUCCUCCUGUAGCUCCCAGGAAUCGGAGAGCAGCAGCUCCAGCACUGACAGCCAGGAGGCAUUAUAACCAUGCCACAGUUCCCUGGCACCAGACACCAGCAGCUGUGGCACUGCAACAAGCGGGCCAUGCCACGGCUCCCCAGAGUGUGAGGGCAGCAGCGGAUCCAGCCCCCAGGGCCUGACUGAUGGCUAAACUGCUCCUGGUUGAAGUGGGAGACCCAAACUCCCUACACGAGGCCCAGAAGGCAGUGGGAGCGGAGCCAACCACCAGCACCACGUGGUGAGAGGAGCACCCACAGCCAGGCGGUGAGGGGCUGUCCCAGUGCUCGCCAAUACCCGAGACCAGCAGCCCCAGCACCAGCAGACAGGCAGCAUCGGGG